AUGCCUCAAUAUACCAUUUUUGAAGUCAGUUAUGGUUUGAUAAAGAUAUAUGAUUUACUUAAUAUAAUAAAAAUGAUAUCGAAUGGAAAUGAAUCUCUAAAUUCAAUUUCAAACCUCACAUAUAUAAACCAAGCUGAGUCAAUAAACAGAAGUAGACUAAAAAUGAGUGAUUUAUUCAAUAAACAAGGCGCAAAAGAUGAAAUAUCCAGAGAAAUAAAUUAUAAAAUGGGCCUAAAUAGUAAAAACUUCGAAUCAAUCGUUUGCUCCCUUGAGCAUGACAAAAAAUUGCUGAGAGAAGCAUUAGCAGACUCAAUUCAAAAGCGAGACGAACUAUAUAAAGCUGCUAUUGACUAUAAAAAUACAAGAGACGAGCUGUUCUUAAAAAAUGAAUUUUUGGAAAGCAAACUGAAAGAAUUAAACAAUAUGCAAAAGGAGUUCAAUGAGAUGGCUCACACUUUGCAAAUAAAAAACAAUGAGAUAAAGGAUUUAAAGGAAAGAAAUUUAAUUCUAGAAUCAAGAAUAGAAGAAAGUAACUUCAGCCAAACUCCAAUUUCCUUUUAUAGAUUAGAUUAAGAUGUGUCUUUAUAAUUAUCAUUUCCUGAGCACCUGCGUUCCAAUGAAUGAGUGUGAGGUGGGCGUUACAUGGUUAACUUGAGUCUGGCAGAAACUCCUUUUCUUGGCAGAGGAAUUUUCCCUCCAUGGUUUGAGUUUAUAUGGAAUUUGCUGUGAAUCCAUUUCUAACCCAAGCAGCCAGGCUACCCAACCCUACUGAGCUUAUGCAGAUCGACCUUACACGGGACCCUUUAGACUGGAGAGUCUGCAGCCCUUAAGUUCUUGUCUAGCUUGUCUUCCCAAUUUCCUUGGUUUAUCGCCAAAGGAAAAGCUCAACCGCUUAUGCGAUUUGGGACGGAUCACGAAGUAAUAUAGGCAGGUAAGCUGCCCUGCCUCUAUUAAGCACUCAACCUAGGAAUAGGUGCUGGCAAAAAAGAUACUCAGCCUGGCUGCUAAUCAGUGGAAGUAGUGCUGGGCCUCUCACUUCAAGGCUAAAACAACCCUUGGGCAGCUUUUUCACCAAAAAUUAAGUCCGGAUAUACAUAAGGACGCCACCACAGGGAGGACCGUCGCUCGUCAUCAUCCAUUUUAUGUGUAUCAAUUUCCUUUUAUAAAAACGUAAAUCCUAAUUGUGAUUCCCUUUUCUUCCAAGAAAAUAGCCAUUCUUUUUCUCCAGAAUCUAUAUCAUUAGCACUUAAAAUUCAAAGAGACAUCAAGCUAAUCCCUUAUCUUCAUCAACUUUUUGAUGAGUCUUUUUCCAGUACCAAUAAUUUUAUGGACCUCAUUAAAGAUUCAAAACUUGAAGAAGUUUUGCUUAAGCUUAUGAAAUUUAUUGAUCGCUUUUUAGAAGCCGAGCACAAUAGAAUUUCAAGCCUGCAAGCUAAGACAUCAAACCACCAAAAAAAGAGGACACCUACAUUUUCCUCAUAUUCAUCCCCAAAAAAUGAAAAUUUAACUACAAGUCCUGGAAGUUCUGAAGCAAGAAACUCUCCAGUGAGGCUAUCUAUAAGUGAAGGAAGUGAUAACAAUUUUGACUUUGACCAUUUUGUGCAGUCUUUGUCUGGGCAUAGCUCACGUGUUGAUCAGCUUUCACUUCAAAUCCAGGACACAUUGAGCACAACAAGGUAUGCCUUAUCUCAAUCAUUUAGAGUAGCUUCUCCUAGAUCAGAUUCAGAGUAUAUGCAAAAAAGUAUUGAAAGAAUGAAAUUAACUGGGAGUUUAAGCAAUUUCAAUAAGAAAAUCGAAAUUGAAACUGUAAAUAAACCGACUAGAUGUGAUACUGAAAGAUCAGUUGCAAAUUCAAAACCAAAGCCUCAUCCAACUAUUAAGGUUGUAAGAGCACAAAAAAAGGUAUCGGUGAAUAACAAAACUGGAGAAAAAUAA